UCCGAGGUCAAAUCCCAUGGGACAGUGCACCAGGCCAUCAACCAACCAGCUAAGAGCGCAUCCCCAUGCCAUGGCAGGCUGCCAAUUGGCAGCCUUGCUUCGCCUUUACCACUGAGGCACAUGAUGCCGCCAAACUGAUAUUACAUUGUUAAACGAAGUCCUCAGAUGUUGCGGUAGUAACUGGAGAAGGCUAAACCCUCUGGGCUUCUGAUAUAAAUCCGCACUAGCUCUAAGGACUAUGGAGGUUCGGAGAUAACAACAAUGGCGCCCGCCCGCUUCCCCCUCGCAUUCGUCUUCCUUCUCUCAGGACUUGUGGUGCUCGGCACGAUGGAGCGCACCGAAGCAGUCUGCACUUAUGCGUGCGUGCAAGGAACCUACAUGACGUGCUGCAACAAGAACGGCAAUCUCACCGGUUGCGCCUGCCCGUGCGCGCCGCUUGACGGCAAUGGCUGCGCCGUCCACCUCGCCAACGGCACGACGAUCAAGUGCCCCAAGCCCAAGUCGUAGCUGAUGGAUCCCACGCAUGCAUCGCGUACACGUCUUCUGUUCUGUCUCUAUCUCUAUCUCUGAUUGGGUUUGAGUUGAAUAAAGCUCUGUGAGUGAGUGUUUUGUUUUUGUGAGGAAACAUCAGGACUUUGCUGUGGUUUUUGUUGAAAGCCCUGCAAGUAUGUCGUCGAUUUUAGGGAAAA